AUGUCGAAACCCAGGUAUGCUGUGGCGACUCUACUCUAUACAACGGAAUAUCUUCCCGGGGUGUUUACCCUUGGUUAUCAGUUGAACAAGAUCUUGAGAAACAGGAAGGAGGUCGCUACCUGUUUGGUUAUCUCGAAGGAUUUGUAUAACAACACUAUGAGUGAUUUGUCCAAGAAGUUGCUGCGAAGACUUUACGACUAUAUUUACGAAGUGAACCCCUUAGAUGAUCAUGAAUAUUGUGUCAGGAAAAACGCUGAGAAUUUAAAAUUAUUGGGUAGACCGGAGUUAUCUUUUACGCUUAUCAAAGCAAGACUAUGGGAACUGACACAGUUUGAUCAAGUGUUGUAUUUGGAUGGGGAUACUUUACCUCUCAACGAGGAAUUCCUUAAUAUAUUUGAUUUAAUUCCCGAGCAAAAGAGCUCUCAAAUCGGUGGUGCUCCAGAUAUCGGCUGGCCUGAUAUGUUUAAUAGUGGAGUUCUUAUGCUAGCCCCUGAUAAACAACUCGCUUCACGACUUCAGAAGUUUAUCAGACGACAAACGUCAAUCGAUGGUGCGGAUCAAGGGGUCUUUAAUCAAUUUUUUAACCCAUAUUGUGCAGCCCAAAAUUCGUCCACCUAUGAAUGGGUGAGAUUGCCAUUUAUAUAUAAUGUCACCAUGCCAAAUUAUGGGUAUCAAAACUCACCGGCUCUGAAAUACUUCAAAUCUCAAGUUAAAUUGGUCCAUUUCAUUGGAGAAAAUAAGCCUUGGAAAGGUUGGGUUAGCAGCGAAAAUAAUGCUUACCAUACUAGAUGGAACAGGCUGUACCGUGAUUUUCAAGAGGAGUAUGGUUUGCUACAUUUUUUCGAAGAGAUGAGCAUUGAACCUCCCUCUGCCCCAUGCGGUCCUAAUGCUGUAGACGAUGAAACACAAGUGGUUGAUUGGGAAGGAUUGAGCGCACGGAUUAUGCAAGAUGAGCCUGAAAGGAACGAAACCUACGAAGAAGGGCCCAGAAGCGCACAACCAGAGAGAGUAUUCCCAAAAAAUGAGCCAGUACUAGAGGUUUCUCCAAAAGUUGAACCAAUCAAUGACACACCCAGCAGAACAUUCCCAAAGAUGGAAACUUUAGAGCCAACGCCGGACGUUGAGCGUAUUUUCCCCAAUAAUAAUAGUUCUCUUGAAUCUGUCGAACGUGUUUUCCCACGGGAAGACGGUAGGUAUGAUAACACUACUCCAGAGAAACUUCCAAAGGAUGACGCACCGACCCGGGAGAUAGCGAUAGCUUCAGAAGUACCUGCCGCAUUGCCCUCAAAUGAUUGUCAGCGUGUAUUUCCCGAAGAAUCUGUUGAAGGGCUGGUAAGACCUCCAAACAUUGAGACCGAAAGGCAAAACCCUGCCUCGCAAGAAUCUAAUAGCCUUGACCCUUCAGGAAACGUUUCGAAGAUCGGUAAAGUACUCGAAAUGAUAAAAGAAGAAUCGGAAGAAGCAUCGAUCCCGGAGACGAUCUUCCAAUGGGAAAAGACAAAUUACCUUCAGGAAGUCGAACGGACUUUCCCAGACUGA